UUAAUACUAAUUACUAAACUCUAUAGUGAAUAAACUUAAUUCUAAUCGCCGUAAGCAAUAAUCUGGUGCGACUUUAUUAGGAGUACAUGCUUAUUAAUUUUUUGCAGACAAAAUCUAAGUAAGUAAAAUUAAAAAUAAGGCCCACGACACUGCUAGGACCUUCUUGAUUAUCCAGAUCUAUCUUCCAUGUAAAUAAAUACAAAGGUUUAGACCAAAAACGUCAGAUUUCAUCCGAGUGUAAGCAAAAUGUUACAUGACGGUGAAAUAUUAUUGAAUGAGAGAUACGGUUCAUCAUCGAAAAAGAGGCACUAUGUUAUACCACCAGAUCAAGCUAAAGUAGUUGUUGUUGAUGAUGAGAAGUUUGCUGAUGUGUCGGGCUUGUUAACUAGAAUAUUCAUGCCCCAGGGUUACCCAAACAGUGUGAGCAAAGACUAUGUUGCCUACCAGAUAUGGGACACCGCUCAAGCAUUCUGCAGUACUAUUACAGGCACCCUGGCUACACAAGAGGUGUUGCGUGGGGUAGGUGUAGGAGACACUGGUGCCACACCACUCGCAGCCACCAUCACUUGGGUCAUCAAAGACGGAUGUGGACAUCUCGGAAGGAUUAUAUUCGCGUACAGUCAUGGCACAUAUUUGGAUGCAUACAGUAAGAAGUGGAGAUUGUAUGCAGAUACUUUGAAUGACGCCGCUAUGUGCAUCGAGAUAGCACUACCCUUGUUUAAGAACUACACAACAUUUGCAUUAUGUGUCAGCACUGUUAUGAAGGCAAUUGUUGGUGUUGCAGGUGGUGCAACCCGAGCCGCUAUGACUCAACACCAUGCGGUACGGGGCAACCUAGCUGAUGUAUCCGCUAAAGACUCCGCACAGGAGACAGCUGUUAAUCUUGUCGCUUCAAUCACCGCACUACUCAUUAUAACACUAUUUGGAAACUCCAUCUUCAUAUUCAUCAUGAUGAUAAUACUCCACAUCGUCUUCAACUAUCUGGCAGUUCGAGCCGUGUGUUUGAGGACAUUGAAUGAGCCGCGGUUCCUGCAAGUCAUUGAAACAUAUUUGAGGAAAGAAAUGGUUCCAAACCCCUGCGAAGUGAACAGAACCGAGCCGAUUAUAUUCUACCAGCUGGGCACUAAGCUACUAGAUCUAAAAAUAUGCGGUUUUCAAAUUCACCUUGGGCAGUCAAUGAAGCAACUAAUCAAGGACGUGCCUAAAACGUCUGGCCUGAAACUUAUAAAGGAGAUAUAUAGUGAUAGAAACUAUAUUGUAUACCCCAGUAUGAAUCAACGUUUGAUGUGCGUUUAUAUAAAAGAAGGCGCCACGGUUGAUGAUAUAUUAUGCUCGUAUUUUCAUGCUGUGUUGCUGUCUAUUAUAACAUGCACCAUCAAUGAUCAUGAACUGUUUGUGCUCCGGAACUUACCCGACGGAGAGCCCAAGUCGUUUGCUCAGUUAUGUCAGAUACUACAGGAGGCGGACUGGAGUAGAGUCCCACGACAGGACAAGGGGUUCAGUUACGGACCCUCUGAAAGACUGCUGAGAUUCGUCAACAACACAGCCAGCCAAACAUGGCAGAGUUUUAGGAUAGGUCUCACGCAUACAGGUUGGGACAUGUCCAAGCAUUUACUUAUAGUCGACGAAUGGCGUAUUUAUGACGCACGCGAGGAAUAUAUGCAAGACAGAAACGACGAAAACUCAGAAACCGACUUAUAGAAGAUAAUUUAACCGACUUCAAAAUUCUACGUAAUUGUGAGAAUCAAAAUUCCUUAUCUCUAAAACUACUGAACUGAUUUUGAUAAAACUUGCAGUAUUCCCUAAG